CGCCGCAUCCAGUCUUGAAGCCACUCUUUAUUUUAUUUUUGUUUUUUCCUUCUCCAAUGAAGCUCUACGCCAUCAUUUUGUACCAGCGAUCGGGCGCCAACCUGAAGCUGGUUGCGACUGCGACCAACGUUGCUGACUUUGGCUACUUUGAACGUUCAAGCGUUCGUGAGUUUAUGCACUUCUUCUCCAAGACAAUUGGCGAGCGAACAGCACCUGGCACUCGCAACGCCGUUUCAGAGCAAGCCUACGUAUUCUUCUGCCAUGCUCGCGAGGACGGAUACACUGGCAUUGUUAUCGCCGACUCAGAGUACGACAAGCGUGUGGCCUUCUCUGUAAUCACCAAGUCCCUGGAGCAGUUCACGGCCAAGUAUACAAAGGAAACGGUCGACCGAGCGACCGCCCGCGACUUGCCAUUCCCUGAAAUCGAGACUAUGCUGACCAAGUAUCAAAACCCGGCCGAGGCGGACGCUCUGUUGCGAGUUCAGCGCGAUCUUGACGAGACCAAGAUUGUUUUGCACAAGACAAUCGAGUCUGUCAUUGGUCGCGGCGAGAAGAUUGACAACCUCGUCGAGCGAUCGAACGACUUGAGCGCCAGCUCCAAGGUCUUUUUCGGGCAAGCCAAGAAGGCCAACAGUCAAUGCUGCAUUGUGAUGUAAUUUUCUUGCAUGUCUUUUGGUUUGUUCUGUUUUUUUUUUUGUUGUUUUGCUGUUUUUCGACUCUUUGUGCUAUGUGAGUGUGUGUGCGUUGUUUCUGUUCAAUGUGAAACGCAACGUCGGUUUUCGUUUCUUUCAGUAUCUUUUUUUUUUCUCCUUUCC